AUGUGGAAGAAGAAAUUCUUCUACAUCAAAGCUGCCGCCAUUGUUGCAGAUAUGACGUUUCGGAAUGUGACCGAGACGAUCAUCGCGGAGACCAUUGCGGUCCCAAGCUCGAAGUCAGUGGAAUGGUUUCCUCAGUUGCAGACCAUUGAGACCGUGAAGCUGACCAAUACGCAACUAUGGCUGUUGCGUAUGAUGCUGAGGAGGAGCAAGAACUCGAAACCCGUGGUGCGGGAGAAGAGCGGUGAAAAUGCUCCUGCAUGGAGGAUGUUUGCCCCGGAUUUCCUGGGUACGGUUGAGACCGUGGUUUGUGCGGAUGGUGAAGAGGAUCACAAUACUAUCAUCCGUAGUAACUUCCGGGUGCCUACUGAGGCUGCACUGGCAGUUGAGUUGCCGUCAGGCAAAGGUGAUCUUGGGGCCCUGGGGGACCCUGAAGCGAAAGGUGUGCCAAAGAGGCAAACUGUGAAGGGCGUGCGCUUUCGCCAAAAGAAGAUAAAGGAGGUCACUAAUGUGCCUCAUCUGGUGCCGCAGGCAGCAGCCGCGGAGUCACGUUCUGGUGCUGCGAAGAAGCAGGCAGAAGAGGUGGCUGCGGGAGGGACAGCUGCGGGUCCCCCUGUGAUUGGUGAGAAGAGGAGGCCAGAGCAGAAAGCUGCUGGUGGUGUUGAAACCAAACGUCGGAGACUAGUAACCAAAAGGUCUGCUCCGACGCAGAAAAAACCUGCGGUUGUCGUUGAGCCUCAAGAUGAAGAUUUUUCUAUCUUCGAUGCUCCGGAGUCCCCCCCGCGUGCCACGGGUGCGGGUGCAACGGAGGUGCCGUCGACACCUCCCGUCAAGGUGGUACCUGAGUCAACCGUGCAGAAGGAGGGUACCGCAGAGAAUGCUGCGGCCCAGAUAUUUGAUACUGUCGACUCGUCCAACAAUCUGAUCUCUCCCAAUGAGGGAGACGAUUUGAGUGUGUGGUUCACUGCUACUGGGAAGCAACAUUCUGAUGCUGAACCGCAAAAAACUGGCGCUGAAGCGCGGCAGCAUGAUGCUGGGCCGCAGAAGUCUUCGGUUGAUAAGGGUACCAGCUCGUCUGCCGGUGGUGCGGGGAUCGCACACGAGGAAGCGGGUGUAGCGAUCUCAACGUGA